UGUUACGAUUGAAGCAGAGGUAUUCCGAUUGUAAGGACUGGCCAUUUUGGAUUGGGAAAUUGUUAAUUUAUUUCGAAAUACUCGAAAAGUAGCAAAUUCAAGAUGGGGAACAUCCACACCAGCGGUCCGAAUGAAGCUAUUGUUAUAUCAGGUGGCUGCUGCGGUGCAACUGGUAGAAAGUUUAUUGUUGGAAGCUGGGGGUGGGCAUGGUGGUGUGUCACAGAUACGCAGAGGAUCUGCUUGGAAGUGAUGACAUUGAACCCUCAGUGCGAGAGUGUGGAGACAUCUGAGGGUGUACCAGUCACAGUGACUGGUGUGUGCCAGGUGAAGAUCAUGCGUCAGCCAGACAUCCUGAAGACAGCCUGUGAACAGUUCCUCGGCAAAUCUGUUGAUCACAUCCAGCGUGUCAUCCUGCAGACUCUUGAGGGUCAUUUGAGAGCAAUUCUGGGUACACUGAGCGUUGAGGCAAUUUACCAGGAUCGAGACCAGUUUGCCUCGCUUGUGCGCGAGGUUGCUUCCCCUGAUGUUGGCAAGAUGGGCAUCGAGAUUCUCUCAUUCACAAUCAAGGAUAUCUUUGACAAUGUGGAGUACCUCUCCUCCCUGGGCCGUGCUCAGACAGCCAACGUGAAACGUGAUGCUGACAUUGGUGUGGCUGAGGCUAACAGGGAUGCUGGAAUCAGGGAAGCCGAAUGUGAGAAACUUCGCAUGGAUGCUAAAUAUGCUGCUGAUACAAAGGUGGCUGACUCAAAGAGACAGUACGAGAUGCAGAAAGCUGCUUUCGAUAUGGAGGUUAAUGCUAGGAGAGCAGAAUCCGGCCUUGCCUACGAGCUUCAGGCAGCCAAGGAGCGACAGAAGAUCAGAGCUGAGGAGAUUGAGAUUGAUGUUGUUGAGCGUAAGAAGCAGAUUGACAUUGAAGAGAAGGAAAUUCUCCGUAAGGAGAAGGAGCUGAUUGCAACUGUGAAGCGCCCAGCUGAGGCCCAGGCCUACAAGGUGGAGACUAUUGCUGAGGGACAUAGGACCCAGACAGUGGAGGUUGCCCGCGCCGAGGCGGAGAAGAUCCGGUUGAUUGGUGCCGCUGAGGCCACCUCCAUCGAGGCGGUGGGUAAGGCCGAGGCUGAGAGGAUGAGACUCAAGGCCUCAGCCUACAAGCAGUACGGUGAUGCUGCCAUGCUCAGCUUGGUCCUUGAGACUCUGCCUAAGAUCGCUGCGGAGGUGUCUGCGCCAUUGUCACGCACAGAGGAGAUAGUGCUGGUCGGAGAUGACCGCACAACAUCGGAGGUCAGUCGUCUGAUCAGCCAGCUGCCCCCCGCUGUCCAGGCACUCACUGGAGUGGACCUCUCCAAGGUUCUGCAGAAGAUCCCUGGGGCUCAGGCUUAAAUGGCAGGUUGCCAUGGCAAUAUUGGAUACUGUGGUAACCAUAGUGACACAGCAUAGUGCAUUUCUGUCAAACAGUUACAAAUCAGGCUCCAUUAGGAUACAUUUAACUCUACAACAACAUUGUGAAUCUUCUAUCUUCGAACAUAGACUUCACAGAAAUGUAAAACAGAUGUUAGAAUUCACAAUUUAUUGAACAAACGCCUUCAUGUGUACUUAAAUUUCUAAGAGAUACCUCAAAAGUGGCUUUAGCUAAAACUCUUGGCUCCCAUUAAAAUUAUGUUUAAUCUUUUUUAGGUUUUUUUUUUAUAGGAUUUAAAGUAUUUGGAUACUUUUUAAGACAAGCGGUUUCCUUUUACAGUACAUUGAGAAGAACAAUAUUUUUUUUGUAAUAUAAGCAAAAGAGUUCACAUUUCAUUAAAUGCUUACAUAAUUUAUAGUGAAAGAUAUGACCCAAUGUUUAUACCAGUGUAUGCCUAUAUCAAGAAAAUAAGUAAUUAUGUAAUAAACUAACUGUAUUACUGAAUGUGUAUAUUCAAAAGUGUUGUGCACGUAACUGACUUACACAUAUGCGUUCGUAUAUAGUCCAUAAACCUUUGUAAUCAACAUGAGAUUCAUGAUUUUAUCCUGUUUUAUACUAUUUUUAUUGAAAAUGUAAGGUGUAUUUGUAAAUUUGCUAUUUAUUUCUCCCACAUAUUUUAUAAAUGUUGUAUUCUGUUUGUCAACAAAAGGUUUUACUCGUCCUAUAUUUGUACAUGUAUUCUGUAUGUUUUUUCAUAAACAUUUGUGGAUUUCUUGUGGUUGUUAAAGGACUCAGAUACACAUAAAGGAUUUCUGAUUGCUUCAAAGUCCUCGGCUGUAACAAUCAUUAAAUAAGCUUUUAUGAUUAUCAUUUAUGUUUUAUUAAAACAGAUUAAAGGACCCUCAGACAGCGAUCGUUCGUACAAUUACGUUUCCAAUCAAUAUCACUAGUAGUGACUAAGUGAGUAGUAAUUAGGUAUAUCAAGAAACAAAUUCUACAAAUGAAAUGGUAUGAUGAAGAUUUUUUUAGUUUGCAAGUAAAAAUUUCAACAACAUUUGUGAUAAUUUCAUAAUAUGGAACUGAUAUUCUUCAUCUUACUAUAUGUUGUUGCACGUCUGUUGAUAAGAUGCCCUGGAAGAACAUAAAGCAAUAAGAUCGUUAUGCGUUUGAGCAUUGCAUGUAAGUAGUUCUUUUCCACUUGUAUUCAACUACUGCGCAGAAAGAUUUGAGAUGUAGCUGUAAUUUCACAUAUAAAAAAAUACCUAAUAUAGAGAUUGUAUAUCAUACUAGUCAUCAUGUAGCAUUUAUGAAUGGUAUAUCUGAUAAUUAUUCAGUUUUUAACUUUGUAUCCUGAAGGACACAUAUUGUAAAUACACUGACUGAAUCAACAACAAAAAAUAUCACUCAUCACUACGCCUUUUCCUCUAUUAUAACAAGUAUUUUGAGUCUUAAAUAUGUUGUCACUACUUAAUCUAGCACGUUUUUUGGUUUGUCUUUCUUAAAAUAAGUUAUGCAGAGUUUGCAAAAGCUGUCUGACCCUCCAGACAAGUUUGGUUAAAUUUGAGUGGGAUUCAAGCCUGACCUGCCAACCAAAUCUGGUGACUUUUAAGAGGGAAUGGUAAUUUUAUGUCCAUUUCAUACUAGACAGAGGACAGAAAAUGAGUUAUCCAUCUGGUAAAAUCUGGCAGUCAUUCACAAUUGCCUAAAUUCCAUUGGCCUGAAGGGACAGCGCUAGAAUCUUAACCUGUUCCAGUUUGAACUGUAUGGUUUAUUUUGGCAAAAGUGAACUAGCUUAGCAUAGAAGACACAAAUGGACGUGAUGAGACAGUGUGACUUGACUUGAUAUUUUAUUUUAUUUACUUUGUUUUCCUGUGUUCAGUAUUUUGUGACAAUGAUGUUUUAUUCAAUGCAAGUUUUGUCUACCUUAUUUAUAAAGAUGUCCGGUUCAAUACCGGGGUUUUAGCCAGGUUUUUAUAACACAGCAGGGUGCUGCAGAAGAGGGACAGGGUAAAAGGACACAUUGUAUUGGACUGGAUACAGUUUUAGAAAGGUGCUAUCAAAAAGGACAGGCUGCAGCACCCUAUUAACUCUUUAGAUAAAGCCCUAGAUUCGUUUAACUGUGCAAUGGCAUCUUUUGAUUUCUGAACAUUUGCUUUUGUUCUGAUGAGCUUAGGUGUUAUGAUUAAUGCACUUUUAUUUAUAUUUUAUUUUAAUAAUAAAAGCUUUUAUUGAUCUUUAUACGGUAAAUGCUUCUCCUACUUAUAUAAUGUUAUUGGAUACCCAAUGUCAUCCUUGUACGGUAUUUGUUCACCAAUGUGCACUGUCCCUGUUGUGAAACUAUCAAGGGUCCACAUUGUUUUCCCAUGUUUAUUUGUGUGCCUUAGGUCCAAGCAGUGUCUUGUGAGGGCAUCUACCACAUUUCUUCCACACAUUCAGUUUUUCUGUUCCAGUUUUUCAAUUGUUCACUUUUAAGCAGUUAAUCGCUCUUUGAUAUUUUUAUUUUGUCACUGAAAAAUAAGAAAAAACACCAAACAAUUAGGACUGUUCAUGGUUUUGUAAGUUUACCACAGUUAAUUUGCAGCAUCUCGAACACAGAGAAUGUAUAUGUAUCCACUCUCCAAGAUGAUCUUAAGAUUAACAUUUAUCUUGAAUACACUGCUGUUUUGCUACUUUUACGCUGUAUUGUUUUCACCAUGUAUGUUUAGAAAAGCUGCCAAUUUCUGACAAUACUUGUUGCUCAAAUGAAAUGUCUUAAGACAUACUAGUAUUUCUUUUGAAAUCCAUUCAGGUUGCAUUCAAAAUUGUUCAUAUUGAUUAUUAAAAAUAAAAUGUAGAUGAAGUUAAAAGUGAACAAACUCUUGCCUGAUACAAAAAUAUUAAAGUCAUAUAUCAUAGUAAUAUUAUUAUUAUAACCAGUAAGUUUUAAUAAGCAUGUAUGUCUUAACUUGUAUUUUUAUUAAGUGUUGUUAUUGUAUAAUAUCUAUUGGCUGUGAGAAAGCUUUUAACAGACAUUAGAAAAAAUUGAUUAUCCAAUUAAAAAAAGCUUAUAUAAAUGGAAAUAUAUACCAUCAAAUAUUUUAUAAAGCAUUAGGUUAAUAAAUAUUGGGGUAACGCUCAUUUCUCGGCAAUAUAUUAUUACCAUACCUCAGCAUUGAAUUAUGUAGAAGUGGAGAUGUUUUGUUGUACAUUAGUUGUCGUUUUAAAUAACUUUUCAGAGAUUUUGUUGUUUUAUUAUCAUGCUAUUUUAUCAUUGUAUAUCUCCAUUCUUUGUAAUUCUGUAGACAAAAAUAAACUUCAAACCCAC